UGCUUUGUUAUAGGCAGCGCCGGCGACGGAGAGAGUUCGUUUCAAGGCACGAAGCCGGCGAAUAGGUCUCGCCGGAGUGGCCAAAGGUGCAACGAACAAUCGCGGCGGAUAUGAGCAUCAUUCCGAUUCUGCUUUGAUUAAGGAUCUUAGAGAAGUUUUAAUUGAGGUAAUGAGAUGAAGAUGAGAAAAGAAUGUCGGCUAUGGUGGCCACGUAACCUCUCUUCAGUUCAACCUGCUUCGUGCCAGUUACUUUUUGGAUGGAUUUUUCAGUCUUCCUCAAAUUCAGUUGAUAUUGUAGUGGCAGUUGCAGUAAAUAAGGAAGCUAUUUCUUUGAUUCAGCCACGUCUUCAGAGGAUUGUGCAUGAUACAAAUGAAAGCAUGUCAACUUCUCUUCAAGAUCAGUGUACAUUCUCUUUACUUGGACAAGUUGCAGCAGAUACGAAGGGAAACUGUCAAAUACCAAAAAUUGGAAGUGAAGAAUGUUAUCAAAAUGGUAUUCGAAAGGAUGCAGAUUUACUUGUACAGGAUAUUGGUCAACUGAGAUGUUCUUGCUGCAACAGUAACGGGGAAUUAGACCAUUCUAGGUUUGUUUAUCCGGAAAAGAGUAGCUGGAUCCAGCUUGGAUAUUUUCCUUGUAAUUACAUCAUUAAAGGUUCCAAAUGGUUCCCUAAACUACACUAUAUGCGUUUGGAUGGGAUAGAUGCAUCUCAUAUUGAUCUCCACGUUAUGCUCUAUGAUACUCCUACAUAUGGUAAUCAUCAUUUUUCCUUGGGUUUUCCAUGGCCACCUAAUCCAAUGAGAGCUUCUAUGAAGAGUCCUAAGUGGGUUGAAGAACUUCAUAAAAGGCGAUCAUUCACUGACUCGGAAGUUGUAAUUUUGGCAAUCAACAGCGCAAAUGCUGCCAAACUCUUACUCGAGAAACAUGUAGGCCUUCCGAGACGUGCUGUUCGGUUGCCCUUUUUUCACCUGUGUUUUUCUAUUGCAUGGAAAUUGCUUGCACUAGCAGUGGCGUCAUUGUCCACCUCUUUCUAUAUCACCCUGCAAUGCAUUCAUAUAAUUCUUUGCUACGGAUCACAGUCUUGGUUACUUCUAAUGUUACCGAAGUUAUUCAGCAACACUUGUAAGAAUAUACAUAUCAGAUGUUGCCAAAUAUUAUAUUGGCCAGUCCUCCUUAAACCUGAUGUUGUUAGGUCUUGGACAUGUGUGGAGUAUGAAGAGAAGGCUGCAUGUCGUAGGCACUCCAUGUGGAUGAGUGCAACAGUGGAUCUUCUUUUGGGAUCCAUUCUUGGCUUUUGGUUACUAGGUCUUGCAGAAACUUGUGGCUUAUGGAUAUCGAACAUUUCUAAUGGAAUUACAAACUCUUUGUUGCGAACUGGCUGUGUUUGGUUGAUGGGAGUCCCUGCCGGUUUCAAGUUGAACACAGAGUUGGCUGAAGUCCAUGGUGUGGUGUCUCUUAAUGCGAUUCAAAUUUGGUCUACUCUUUGGCUCUCCUUGGAUUCCUUCCUUGUCCAUUUUAUCAAAGGACUUGCUAUUUUAGCAAUUCUUUUUGGCUUGACGACAUCUGCUGCUCUUACUAUGGAUAUUAUCCUGCUUGCAACCUCACAUUUAUCACUACUUCACUGGUUGACAUCAAAUAUCUAUUCUGCUCAGAUACAGUCUAUAGCAGCUUUGUGGCGCUUGUUCAGGGGUCGAAAAUGGAAUCCUCUUCGUCAGAGAUAUGAUAGCUAUGACUACAGCGUUGAACAACAUGUAGUUGGAGCGCUCCUCUUCACUCCUCUUUUACUUCUUCUGCCAACAACUUCGGUUUUCUAUACAUUCUUCACUAUUAUGAAGGCUACUAUCAGCUCUCUCUGCAGCAUAAUUGACAUUGCCAUUGCCAUCAUUCACGCAACACCUUAUCCAGAAAUUCUAUUUUGGUCUAUGAGACGGUCAAGAUUUCCAUCUGGAAUAUGGUUCCAGAUUUUAUCUCGAGAAGCUAAUCAGUCUGGUGUUUUGGUCUCAGUUCUUCAUAGCAACUUCUUGAAUAUAAGGCAGAUAGUAUCUCACCACUACAGAACUGUAUUCUCCACAGUUUCAGGGUCUUUUGCUGCUUCGAUAGCUCAUAGAAUUCUCACGGGUAAAAGCAUUCCAUCUACAUUAGGAAUACGUUUCCCUUCCAAAAUGCGAUGGAUGUUCAUACCUUACAAGUCGUAUUGGUACCUUUGUUAUGAUGCGGUUCUUGCUUGCCAGCCUUGGGUAUAACUCUAGUGACUUUCAACAACUCCAAUUCACCAUGUGUAAGCUACUGAGCUUUAUUAUUGUUCCUUUUUUAACCUUUCUAUUGCAUAUUGAUUAGAUUGGCUAAACAAUGGUCUAUUUUAGAUAAACCUAUAUUUGUUAUGUUUAUGAAAAAAAUAUCCGCAAAUGUGUAAUGAAAUAUCCCCUGCUCUAGUUUACGAGAUUUUUUUUUGAACAAUU